AUGUUGAAGAGCGUCGAUAACAAGACAACCCAAACGGAGGAAGGAGACCCCGCGGGGAGUCGGACGACCUCCCCGGAGUUCAGUAAGCCCUCUGGCGAAGACGCAGUAGGGAAAGACUGGUUUGUCGUGGAAAAUAUAAAACUUAGAAAACAAAUAAAAACUCUCAAGGGAGAGUAUGAAAAGGUGAACAGGAAUCUCAGCAUCAGGUGCCAACUUCUCCAAAACAAGCAGAAAAUCAUCCCCAGCGACAACUUCUACCUACAGUUGGACAAACUUUUGCGCAGAAAACGAAAAGGGAGAAAAUACAAAAAUAGCUCUACCCAAACGGACAUAACGUUCAUGAGCCCCUUUUUCUCCAAAUGGGAAAGCUACUUCGAGGACUCAGCCGUGAAUAGAAUUUCGAGCGAUGGGGAAGUAGAAGUGCUAAAGAGAAAAAGAACUACAAAAAGAGUUAGCGAGAUUAGAUAUCAGUACAACUGUGCCAAUGAGGUACACAGACUGUCGGAUAACCAAAGUGCAAACGAAGGUGUAAAACAAAGGAAGUACACCCCAUGUGGAAAGGCGCAUGGGGCCCUUCGUACUCAACCAACUACAAACAUUUUCAAGGUUCCCAACCAUCUCAUACAUAAAGACAACGUACUCUACAGCCUUUACACAGAUAACGACUUAAUAUUCAUAAAAGAAAUUGCCGAGGAUCUGAUCCCCAAGGGAGGGGAUAAGAGGGAUUCUGAAGGGACAAACAACAAAGGAACGGAUAAACCAUCCCAUGUUGCAAGUUCACAUUUAGGGGGUGCAAUAGAAGGGAAAGUAGCCAAAGGAAAAGAUGUAGAAACUAAAUCCAGUUGGAUAGGAAAUCCCACAGAAAGAGAAAAGUUAGACGACUUGCUUACAUAUAUGAAGAAGGAAGAAAUAUCACAUGUUGAAGAUAAAAGUAGUGCUGUCGUCCUCUCUCAGGAUGAGGAAAGAACGAUUGAAGGAAAUAUGCAUGACGGGACGCAGACUACAAAAUGGAAGAAGAAACACGACGAAAUGGGCGCAGUUAAAGGGGGCACUUGCGAUAUGCCUCCCAGUGGGGUACUCCUCCCUGAUGAAGAAAACAAGCACGGGAAUAAAGGUAACAGAAGCGGCGGUGGCAAAGGAAUCAAAGAACAUCCAAUCGAGACAGACCAAAUCUUAGCAAAGAGGGAGAAGUACAUCGAUGUUCUUUUAAAACAUGAGAAGGGGUCCACAUCCCCAGACACAAUUGGAACGAUGUUAACCCCCCAAGAAGAAAUCCCGCAUGGAGGAGCUCACCAUUCGGGCAUUUCACCAAAAUGGAGAGAAGCACCUACAUCCGAGAAACCUAUGCAGAGUGCGAAAUUUGUCUCAUCGCCAUUAAAAAAAAAAGAGGCGCCUACCAGUUGGGAUAUGAGUGUUGGCAAGAGGGCUCCUAUCCACUUGGGGGGGAUGACUACAACAAGAAUAGAACAUACAGGGGAUAAUGCAACCGCUCCUCUGUGUGAUAAUAACCCCCCCUUCACACAAAAAAACAGAAAAAAGAAGAACAAACCAAGUAAACAAAUCAGACUCAGUGAUUCAUCCCCAUUGUCGACUGAAGAAAUGGUUACCCGAAUGGAGCCUUCCAAGUGCAGAACCCCCCUCACGGAUGAAACGCAACGUACACAUACUAGUGAUAACCCCUGGGUAAGGAAAACCUCUUACCCAUUUGUAAAAUCUGACCCGGAUUCGUACAAGGAAAAAGAAAAAUGCCCACCACAUGGGAUAGCCCCUAAAAAGGGACACCUCCCUCCCCUCUGGGAUUCAGAGCACGAGGAAACCACCCCUCCUCUUGAGGGAUGUCACCAUAGCAUUUCACUUAGCGAUGCAGAAAAGAGUGCAAACGAAAUAAGGAAAAUUUCCUUGGAGCAUAAGAAGAGGGCCUUCCUCUUCUACAUGUGA